AUGGGAAUUACUCGACCUAUUAACCGCUUCACGUUGUUGACGGCCAAUGGCGAAAGAGCUCUCCAACGUACCAACAACCAGCGGAGAGGUUUCAACAGUCUACCAUGGAGUUCCGACGAAGCCAUUGACAGUCUUGUUGUGCGCCUUCCUGAGCUUUCCGAAGAGGAGUUCCAUGCACUCACCAACGGCAUGUCGCAAGAGCAAGAAGAAGAUGAUGAACUGCUGGAAAUGAUUCAACAGAGAUCCCAGCAACUCAAUGAUGAGUUUAAAUUCGAAGUUGCCGAGUCCCUUGGUGGUAUUCGGUCGAGGAAGGAAGAGAUGUCCAAGUUUCUCUCUCGUCUGCCAAAAACCCGCCAACUGAGAGCACUCGAGAUCGCAAUAGAGACACUGGAACCAGAUGAUCAGCACCUUCGCUCUCUCAAGAACCCCACGCAACAGUGGAAACAAGAUCUUAAGGAACACAGAUGCAAGCUUGAGAGACUCGAAGAGUUCAAUCUCCAUGAGCAUUAUCCAGAGGGGAUUGCGCGACAUGGUGAUGUGAUUGUGGAAGCACUGGAGAUCCUUGAACGGGCACACGAUAUCAUGCGGUUUUCAUUAUUUGAUGGAGACCGUCCCUACAACCAACAGCACCCAAAAGAGCAAAAGGAAGCUCCGCUGGAUGAUGAUUUCUUUGCCUCCCUCUAA